UUAUUUUAUUUACAAACUCCUAAAAUCCUUUCGACACAAUCAACUCCAUCACCUUUGAUUAACAUUCUUUUGAUACAAUCGAUUCUAUCACUUUCGACAAUUGUAGCAUUGUUCUCACAGCCUCUUCCAAAAUCAAGCUCAAAUAAUAUACGUUUCUCUACUACAUUAAGAUCUGAAGUCAAAGAUCUUAGCAAGAGAGUCAAUGAAUUAGAAGCUGAGUUGAAAGCUACAAAAGAGGAACUAGAAACUCUCAAAAACCCA